AUGAGCAUCGAGACGCUGCUGGAGGCGGCGCGGUUCCUGGAGUGGCAGGCGCAGCAGCAGCAGACCGCACGUGAGGAGAAUGAGAAGCACGAGAAGCUCCGCCUGGAGAGGGAGCAGGAGCAGAAGAAGGCUGGCAAGGCCAGCGCGCCACGGGCAAACAGUGCCAUUCCCCCGGAGGAGCCCCGGAGCGAACUGCUGGUGCCCAUCUCCCCCCCGGCCCCGGCCCCCCCACUGCCCCCACCCCUGGCAGCCCCCAUUUCUGUCAUUCCCAUCCCUGUUGUCACCAGCCCCCCCCAGCAAGCAGCCCAGACCACCCUGUCCCCGCCGCUCGUACAACGCCACCAGCCCCUCGUAAGCACUCCCAGUGUCACUAAGGAAGCAUCUUCGGUCGCGCCGGUCAUCCAGAGGCCGCCGGGCCCACUUCUACCGGACGGUAAAGCUGCGACACCCCCGUCGGGCAGCCCGAAGCAGCUCCAGCAUUACGCAGCGCCGGUCCUGGCCAUCUCCCAGCACCAUGUGGUUCAGCAGCCCAUCCAGCCCCAGCCCCACCAGCCCCUGCAGCACCCGGGAGCGCCGCCGCAGCUCGGUGCUCUGAAGCUGGCUCCAGCAGAAGACACGAAACCAAAUGAGCAGAAGAAGAGACCUGGAGGGGUUGGGACCAGGGAAGUACAUAAUAAAUUGGAGAAGAACAGACGUGCGCAUUUGAAAGAAUGCUUUGAGACAUUAAAACGCAACAUCCCCAACGUAGAUGACAAGAAGACCUCAAACCUCAGUGUCCUAAGGAGUGCCUUGCGAUACAUCCAGACUUUAAAGAGAAAGGAGAAAGAAUACGAACAUGAGAUGGAGCGGCUGGCAAGAGAGAAGAUUGCUACCCAGCAGCGACUGGCAGAAUUGAAGAAUGAGUUGAGCCAGUGGAUGGACAUCUUGGAGAUUGACAGAAUUAUUCGACAGACAGUUCAGCCAGAGGAUGACCAGGCAUCUACCUCGACAGCAUCAGAGGGUGAAGACAACAUGGAUGAAGACAUGGAAGAUGACAGGCCAGUGAACUCAUUACCAAAACUAACCCAGCGCCAGCACCCAGAGCUCCUGAAAGCCGUCCCCUCAAACGCUGCUUCCCACCACCCGGCAGUUCUGCCUCAGCACCUGUCCAUCCAGCAGAAACAAACCCCAGCCCACGCACAGCCUCCCAUCCAGACACAAGCACUGGUCCAGCCGCAGGCGAUCGUCCCUGCACAGACUCACAUCGUGGCGGCUUCGACAGUGCAAUCGACUGUUAUUGCUCACACCGCCACUACCCACGCUUCGGUCAUUCAGACUGUCAACCACGUGAUUCAGGGUCCACAGACCAAGCACAUUGCUCACAUUGCACCUUCCACGUCCAGCCCUGUGCAACUUACCACUGCUGCUCAGCCUAUCGGCCACAUCACUGUGCACCCAGCCACCAUCAACCACAUGGCCCACCUGGGCCAGCAGCUGCCCAUCUACCCUCAGCCCGUGGCCGUCAGCCAGCCCGUGGUGAGCCAUAUUGCUCACACGAUCUCGCACCAGCAAGUGAAUGGAACCACAAACCUUGGCCAGCAAGCGGUGAUGGCCAAGCCUGCUGUAGGAACCCAGGUUGUCCAUCACCCGCAGUUAGUUGGGCAAACGGUCCUAAAUCCGGUGACUAUGGUAACCAUGCCAUCAUUCCCAGUGAGCACACUGAAGCUGGCCUAGAGGGGAUCGUCCGACGGCGAGGUCUUUGUUGGGAACCUUUCCUAAACUCCAUACAUUCCAACCACGUCCGACUCCGCGGGAGGGAAGUGCAGAAAACGCCGAGUGGCAGGACGCCGGGCUGGGCUGUCCUCAGCUGCCCAGUAACCAACUUGCCGCUGGCAGUGAGAGACGGGGCCUCUCUGCACUUGAAUUUUGCUAAUCCGAGAAAACUUCAAAGACAGUUGUUCAUGGUGAUUUUUUUUCCUUUUAUGUGUAAUCAGUGAAAUAUGGAUAUGAUGUUCUUAAGACU